AUGAUACAAUCAACGGGGAAAAAACACAAAGAGAGGAGCGAAGAACAAAAAGGAAAAAAAAACAAUAACAACACCAGGGAUUCGCUGGUCGUCACCGACCCAACUACUAGUCUGGCCCUCACUGGCUUAUCUAUGGGAGAGCGGACGGGAUCCCGAGUUUUCCAGUGGGUAUGGUCGUAUGUGCUUCUUGCUUGCAAAUGUGGAGCUUAUCAAGCUAGGCAACUGGAAUUCCUGUGGGCCUUCUGCCCGUGGUACGUCCUUUCUUUUCACUUGUCGACGGGGACACUACAACAUAGAACUAUUCAAGACGUAUAG